GUCUGAUCUUUCAGAUGAUGAAAUUAUUGAAAAAACAAAAAAUUCAGGUUUUAAAGAUGGAGAAAUUUUAUUUAAAGACGAUAAAGUUUAUUGGCGUAAGGCUUUUCCUCAAUACAAGAAAAACUAUUUAAAAGACUAUCCGAAUGUAAAAGAAUUAUAUAAGUAUAAACAAGAACUCGAGAAUCCUCCUAUUGAACUAGAUAAUUUAGACUACGAUUCCCAAUUAAGUGAAUAUAAUUCUGAUGAUUCUCAGUAUACCAAAGAGAGAAAAUUGAAAAAUAAAACCAACGGAAAAAGAAAAGCUGAACUUAAAGAGAAAUCAGUUAUUAAAAAAAAUAAAUCAUAG